ACACCGCUCUGAACCCUCCUACCGGCAGCCAGAUGAGGCAGGCUUAUAUGCGGAAGUUUCAGUUCCGCUCAGUCCAGUUGACUCCGAAACUGAGAACAGACGGACUAAAGCCACGCUUCUCUCCGCACACCAGACCCGGCUCCACAGCGCAAGGUGAAUCAUGACCAGCAGCUACAACGUCUCCCUGACUGGCCCUGCCCCCUGGGGCUUCAGACUGCAAGGAGGGAAGGACUUCUGCCUGCCCCUCACCAUCUCACGGCUCACUGAUGGAGGCAAGGCAGCCAAAGCCAAGAUGAGUGUUGGAGACAUCAUUCUGUCCAUUGACGGCAUCUCCACAGAUGGCAUGAAUCACCUCGAGGCCCAGAACAAGAUAAAGGCCUGCGCAGGCAAUCUCAGCCUCACUAUGAAAAGACCCAGUGCCCCUAAAGAUGGAGUACCUAAGGAUGAACCUCAAGAAAUCAUUAAGCCUGUCCCAAUCACUCACCCCGCCCCAAGCACGGCAUACACCAAGCCAUCAAGUCAGCCCAGCGCUGCAUACAACAAGACAGCCAGGCCGUUUGGGGGGGACAGCAGUGUGGUCACAGCUUCCUCCCCAGCUGCCCCCUCCAUUCCUUCACAGUCAUCCGCUUUCAAGCCAGCUGCCCCUUCUCAACCGCCACAGCCUCCAUUUCUGCUGAAGUCAAGUGUCCCUGCCUCGGACUCAGCUCCAGCCAAUUCAGUUCCCAGGCCCAGCCCUGGUCGCUCCGCCUUCACCUCCCCGUCUGCCUCUUCCUCCUCAUCUAACUCCUCCUCUCCAGCCAAAGUGACAGCCCCCUCCUCCAAUCCUAAUGUCCCACAGCCCUCCGUCUAUAACACACCUAUCAACCUCUACUCCAAUACCAAUGCCUGUGAGGUGGCCAUGGGACAGAGGCGAGGUCUUUUGGAGAGCCAAGGGCUGUCAGAGCACUUAAAUGGGAAACCUAAUGUGGAGGCCGAGGAUCACGCGUCCCCACUGAGUGAAGCCAGCAAGAAGCGUCUGAUUGAGGACACGGAGGACUGGCACCCGCGGAGUAGCACCUCCCAGUCUCGCACUUUCCAUAUCCUGGCCCAGCUCACCGGUACUGAAAAUGAGCAAGCUCCAGAGAACAGUGGAAAGAAUGAGGCAGUGGACAAAGCCACUCCUGCUGUGCACACCUCGCCUGCAGCAAAAACAUUUACCAAAUCUGCAGCAUCACCCAGGAAUGGCAACGUGGCCCCUGCUCCAGCGUUCAAGAGCCCAGCGGCCCAGAACAAGCCUUCCUUCCCGCCUGGAGGUCCAGCAGGUUUUGCAAAGGGUGGAGCAGCUCCUGCGUUUGGCAAAGUUACCAACACUGCUCCCAGAGGUCCAGACCGCCCCACCCCUCAGCCACAUCCAGAGGACCUCAACUCGCUGGUGCAGCGGGCUGAGCACAUCCCAGCCGGGACACGCACCCCAAUGUGCAACAAGUGCAACAAAGUCAUCAGGGGCCCAUUCCUCGUGGCCAUGGGCAUGUCGUGGCACCCCGAGGAAUUCAACUGUGCUCACUGCCACUCCUCCCUGGCAGUUGGUGGAUUUGUGGAGGAGAAGGGCCAGGUGUACUGCGAACGUUGCUAUGAGCAGUUCUUUGCUCCCACCUGUGGCCGCUGCAACCAGAAGAUCCUGGGGGAAAUCAUGAACGCCCUAAAACAGACCUGGCACGUGUCCUGCUUCGUCUGUGUCGCCUGCCAGCAGCCGAUCAGGGGCAACACGUUUCACAUGGAGGACGGACAGCCAUACUGUGAAAAAGACUACUACAACCUGUUUGGGGCCUGCUGCCACGGCUGUGACUUCCCCAUCGAGGCGGGGGAUAAGUUCUUGGAUGCUCUAGGAUUCACCUGGCAUGACACCUGCUUUGUGUGUGCGGUCUGCUCGGCUAAUCUGGAAGGUCAGGCGUUCUUCUCCAAAAAAGACAAGCCUCUGUGCAAGAAACAUGCCCACACUGUCAACAUCUGACCUGCCCUGCAUGAAUAUGAAUAGGAUAGGGCAGCAGCUUCAGUUUACAGCAGUUUAUAUUUCAGUCAGAUGUUAAAUACUUUCAGGAUUAUUUUCAGAACUAACAUUGGGUCAGAGGUUCCAGCAUAAGCUUUUAUUUUUGCUCUAAUAUUGUUAUGCCAUGUCAGUUUCAUAGAUGAAUAUGCACACUGUUUGCCCCCUGCCAGUUCAAUAUCUGCGCAAGAGGAUUUUUAAUUUACACGUUUGUGCUGAGCUUUUUCAUGUGUGUUAAGCUCUUGAUGGGCAUUUUUUUAUUUUCACACGGAGUAGGAUAGUUAACUGCGAUGACCUACUGAGCCCCUCAGGGGUCACAUAUUGGAAAAAAAUAUUCAAGUGGAAAGGUGUGCUUUUAGUAAAGCGAGCAAAUGGUUUGGAAAUUAUGAAUAUUUAACGACAAGAUGGGAAAUUAUUUAUUUUUAAAGCAAGGAUUGCUUUUUUUAACUUGUUCUUGCAACAACAACAAAAACUUCUAAACAUAAACUUCUAGCCUUUGGAAUAAAAAUGGAAAAUUUUAAUAUUGUAUUGUUAUUUUUUAUUGUGUCAAAGGACUGUGGUGUGUAGCCAUUCCCAGUAAAUGAAAGCACAAGUAGUAACGUGUACAGCAGUGUGUAAAUUAGGCACUCUACAGGUCAAGUUUAAUGUUGUGUAUAAGAUACUGAGAGAAUUCCAAAAUACAUUGCGUAGUUGUUUAUGUAUAUUUUGUUAUGCCUAUAGUUCAGGGGCCAAAGCAUGCUUCCAGUGAAUACUCACACGAAUCUGUACGUCAUUUAAGUAGUUUCUGGCAUUAAAAUGCAAAUCAUGUGAAUUCUUUUUCCAUUGUUUUUCACUGAGUAACUGAACCCUCCGCUAAGGCAGUAUUUAUGCCGUGUUUGUUUUCACUGAUGAUGUUUUUGUGAUGUCUGAUGUUCAAUUAACACAAAACAAUGCUAAUAUAUAUUUCAGAUUUCCUCUGUCUUGCACUUGUGCAGUGGAUUGUGCAUAAAUACUCUCCUUACUUUCAUUUCAAAUAAAGGGGUUCAACUUUGAAUGCCAUAACCAAA